GCAGACGACAGGAUUUGCAAUGUACGGUUCACGCCAUAAUAUCUCUCGUGCAUUCCAAUGACGAAAUAACUUUAUGUGAAUUUUUUUAACGAUAUCCGCUUGUACUUCGAAGAAUUCGAUAUUCCAAAAAGAGAGAUUGGAUUAAAUUCUGUGGUAAUAUUGUCAUUCGAUACUUUUAAACAAGAGUUGGCGUGCGUGGCCAAUUUUGCCAACUAUUUCCGGAAUAAUAAGCCGCCGUGAGGUGACGUUUGCUAUUAUUGUCCGUAAGGAAAGUAUCAAUUUGGACGCUUCAGGUGCGUGGUGUCUUCCCAAACAAAAUGGGCCUAAUGAUCAGCAACCUAUUCACCCAGCUUUUUGGUAAAAAGCAAAUGAGAAUAUUAAUGGUGGGUCUAGAUGCUGCUGGCAAAACUACCAUAUUGUACAAAUUGAAACUUGGUGAAAUUGUCACAACGAUACCUACCAUUGGUUUCAACGUUGAAACUGUUGAAUAUAGGAAUAUAUGUUUCACGGUGUGGGAUGUGGGUGGCCAAGAUAAAAUCAGACCGCUCUGGAGACACUAUUUCCAGAACACUCAAGGCCUCAUUUAUGUUGUUGACAGUAAUGAUCGCGAACGUAUAGGAGAGGCUGAACGUGAAUUAGCGAAUAUGUUGAAAGAAGACGAGCUGCGGGAUGCAGUUCUUCUCGUUUUUGCUAAUAAGCAAGAUUUGCCCAAUGCCAUGUCUGCUGCAGAACUUACAGAUAAAUUGAGACUUAAUUCACUGAGCGGGCGUCACUGGUAUAUCCAAAGCACUUGCGCUACACAAGGACACGGACUCUAUGAAGGACUCGAUUGGUUGAGUAACGAAUUAGCCAAAAAGUGAUAAAGCACUGUCGCAUUUGUAUUCUUCAUGAACAAUUUAUUCAUUAAGCAUGGACGUAGAAGACAGGUUGCAAUCUCCGUUUUAUCAGAUUAUGCACUAUGUGUACGAUUUAAUACUACUGUGAUUCUAAUUUCUAAGAAGAAAACUACUUGGAAUAAUAGAGUAACUCGACCGACUCAAUGAUCGUAAAGCUUAUAUAGGUUUCACGUUUGAAAUGAAGUUUCCCUUCGAUAGAGAAAAAAUUAUGAAUUAGAUAAGCGUAUGAAUUUAUCGGUUACAUUUUAUUUGUAUGCUAUUUUCGAUUUUAACUUGUAGAGUUAUAAGUUCACUUGAGAAUGUAUAGAGUUUUGAAAUAAACAAGAAAUAUUUCUACGUUGAUUUCAGUAAAUACAUUGUUCUCAUUUUUUAAAGAA